AUGGGUGGUAAUGUGAGAAAUACACAGCGCUUAAUAGAGUUUGGAGCUGAUGUUUCUAAGACAAGCUUUAAGAAUGAAACGGCGAUGCAUCUGGCGGCAAAGAAUGGACACACAGAUGUAAUAAAACUUCUGCUUGAGUAUAAUGUUAAUGUAAACGCUUUCGAUCGGGAGCUUCGAACUCCGCUUAUGUUAGCAGCACGAGGGGGUAACUUAGAAGCCACUCGCUUACUUAUUGAUAAUGGAGCAGAUGUAGAUGCUUGCGAUGAGGACAGUUGUAACGCUCUAGAUUAUGCUGCUAAAGAAAACCACGCGAAUGUAGUGCAGUUUCUUAUCUCAAAAGGAGGCCCAAGGAUGGAUUUAAUGACAAACAAAGCUCUGACUAUGGCGUCUAGUCUCGAAUUGGUUAAGUUUCUUGUUGACGGCGGAGCCGACGUAAACUUAAGGCACUUAAGUGAUGCCCCUGACGCACACCGCAGAGAAACAGCUCUGUUUUCAGCUGCCAGGGAAGGUAAUUUUCAAGCUGUUAAAGUUCUUUUGGACCGAGGUGCUGACGUUAAUGGUCAUGUUUGUAGCGAGAACGAUGAUGAUGACACUUACAACCACGAGAGGGAAGAAAACAACUAUGAUGACUACGACAUUGUUGACAAACUUGGCGGAAUCAAUCUCUCUGAUGAUGGAAAUGUUAUUCACGAGAUCAAAGGAGACGAUACCUUACUGAAAUCAAAAGCUCUGAUCGGGGACGUUGACUCUAUGCGUGCUAUUUUAAAAACGGGUGUGGAAGUUAAUUUUAAGGACAUGAAUGGGGACACCGUCCUUGCUUGUGUUCUUGAUAAUAGAGACAAUUCACACGCAAUGGAAAUUGUUAAGGUUCUUCUUCAGUUUGGAGCUGAUGUUAAUACCAAGAAUGAUAGAUGGGAGACACCUAUUCUCAUAGCUGUUAGAAUGAAUUUAGAAAAUGUUGCCGAACUUCUUCUUGAACUUGGCUGUGACGCCAAGGCUAGAGACUUGGACUCGUGUUGUUCUCUCCGCUAUGCUGCCCAAAAUGACAACGGUAAACUUACAGAGAUGUUGCUUAAGUUUGGUGCAGACGCUAGUUUGAAGACUGAUCGAGACGAGGUGACGCCGUUGCACAUGGCCGUGAGUUCAAGUAGCUAA